GUGGCGUCUCCGCCUCUGCGCUCUUCACUCACUGCCCGACCGCAGACGAGCGCACACAGGCCGCCGUGAACUCUCCUGAGGCCGGAUGGUAAAAUCCAACCUCCAGCGGAUCCUAAAUAGUCAUUGUUUUGCUCGUGAGAAAGAAGGAAAGAACUGUAAAAACAGCAACAUGGACGCGCUCAGUAAUAGUAUUAAUGACAUGAUGGGAAGUCUGUCUUUGUGUUGCAGUAGUACCGCUGGUCCAGGGCCUCUGUGGUGCUCCGAUGCCCCUCACCCACCUCUGAAGAUCCCAGGUGGGCGAGGGAACGGAGCACGGGAUCACACAUCUACAGCUCAACAGCUGUACUCCGACAGGAAGUUGACUGUGACAGAAGAGCCUGCUGGGGCCGGUCGCCCCCGGAUACUGCACUUCAGGAGCCAGCCCACCGUUUCCUGCACCAUCCAAUGGGAGGCGGUACUGAGAGGGGAAGGCCUGUUUGUGGAGAUUCCUUGUGACCCGUUCCCAGAGGGCAGCAAGGAGAGCUUCAUCUCUCUUCUGGAGUUUGCUGAAGAACAUCUGAAAGUUGGCAGUGUAUUUGUCUGUUUCUACAAGAAGAGGGAAGACCGUGUGAAACUGGUGCGUGCGUUCAGCUUUUUGGGCUUUGAGAUGGUGAAACCGGGUCAUGCGCUGGUCCCCUCUCGACCUGACGUUCUGUUUAUGGCCUACAACUUUGACAGGGAUUCAUCGGACGAAGAUUAGAUUCUCCUCUUCCUCCCCCAGCUCUCUUUCAUUCCUUCUGCACAACAACUUCUCUCUCAUUUACACAUCAACCGAUUUCUGUCCCACAGCGCGUCUGGAAUUUGUAAAAAAAAACAAAAUGUGAUUUUGUCACAUCUGGAGGUCUGCGUUCACAUUGAUAGUUUUGGGUCUGUUUAACGCAACGUUUGACUCCGCCCCCCCACACCCGUUUCCAGGAGGUUGCUGAUAUGAUUAUUUUCUAUUGUUGCUUGUGUUUGUAUUUUUGUUUAUAAAAUGUUUCAGUUUCUGAAAUGUUCAAAACAGGUCUUUGUAUAUUCAUUUGGCUACGUAAGCUUAUUAUUGUUUUGAUUGGAUCUUGAGUUUUAAUGUUCACAUUGAAAUGACAAUUUUGUUUAUGAUGUCACGUAGGCUUUCAUCAUUUAUGGUCAGUUUUAAAAUUUUUUUACCUCAGAAUGUAGUUUCUAGUUCUUCAGCUGUCUGGAACUACACAACAGCAGUUUUGAAGUGAACUGGGCUAAACUUGUGUGAUUUGGUUGAAGAACAGUCGGUUUGAUAACCCGACUGGUACAGAGUUUAAUGGGAAAAUGAAAUUGACACAUCCAAAGCUUGUUUACCUCUCGCUGUCAUUAUUUUGUAUAUCUGAAGCUUGUCUAGCAGUCUGUGCUCGAGUCUCAUUCUGUCUUCGUUUAUUUUUCACAUUGUUUGAAAACCUCUUUAGUGGAGCAUAUACUGCGUCUGUGAUAAUAAAACCAUCAUUUAAAAAGAA